GCGGGGUGCUGUGGAAUCCAACAAGGGUUGUUGCACCGUGUUCCAAUCACCGAUGAGAAUUAAACGAUCCACUUUGGGUACUGUACCCGGUAAGAAUUCAAAGAAUUUCUUUCUGGGUGUAGCAUCCGCAGAUUCGGCGAUGAUGACUGGGUCAACUCUGGAAGCAAGGAAGACGACCAAAGAACGAGAAAAUUUGAAGUAUGGGGAAGACCCGCCUGAAGGCAAAGUGGAGCUCGAUCACGUUAUCGGUUUCUCUGGCAGGUGCAUUGCAAUGCAGGGUAGUUCCAAGAAUGGCAUAGUCUACUCUGCAGGUUGCCUCAUACUAACAUCUGACCUGGCUCAACUCCACAAUCAGCAUGUUCUCCAGGGACACUCAGCCUUUGUCUCGGCGAUGGCCGUCGAUCACGGUGGGAAUCGGAUAAUCUCUGGCCAGUAUCCUCCUCCCAUGCCUAAGCAAAGGCCAGCACCACUUCUGGUAUGGGACCUCCCGUCGGAGAAGAACACAAAUGCCCUUCUUGGACUUACGGCAACGCCACUGUGCAUAGCGUUUUCCUGCGACGACAGGUUUGUGGCUGCUGGCGAUGAAGAAGGUCGGGUUUAUGUGUGGGAUAUGCAUUCGGACAGAAGCGAUCCAUGUGGCGGAUAUAAGGGCCCAUCUGCAAUGACAGCUUUGACCUGGGGUCGAACUCGAAUUGACGAGGGUGGAAUUGCCGGAGACUCCAACAGGGAGACAACACUCGGUGCAAACAGCCUGUUCCCACCACCGCAGAAACGGUAUGCCAUCAUCACAGCUCACAGGAACCUGGUCAGGAAGGUGGAUCUGUCAUAUGAUGCCAGUUAUGCUCUGCUCGGAACUGCAACUGGAGAGGUCUGCGUGUUCAGCAUAUCUUCAGAUGUUUACAGAACGAUAGUGCCUAUUUCCGCAAAUGGAGUUCAUUCACUGUGUGCAGUUGGAGACUAUGUCUAUGCUGGAGCUGGUGAUGGGAAGGUUACUAAGUUGAAGGGCAAGGAUAAGGAUUGGGAAAAGGUUCUCGAGACGUAUCUUGAAGGCAAAGUGACCAGCUUGUCUCCACUGCAGGAUGGAUCAUCCAUAUUAGCGGGAACAGACAGCGGGAUUAUGUACCGACUGGAUUGCGCAACUCUUGAGGGAGAACUUCUGUCUGAACACACAGUCAAGGACAUAACAGCGCUCGCUACAAGCCCGGGGAUCGGUCAUGCUAUUGUUGGCUGCACCUCUGAUGCCCAGAUCAGGAUCUGGGACUUGCAAGACUACAAGGUAACCAGCAGCUUUAUCCAGUCAAGAAAGCCCCCAGUCACGUGUUCCACACUAAGUGAGGAUGGAAAGAUACUUGCUGUCGGCCAGCAGGAUGGAUCACUGACAUGCUUCAACCGCGCCUCUGGUCAAGUGCUCUGGCACAAUGCAUGCGCUCAUCGUGGAGCAGUGACCUCAGUCAUUUUGACAGAGAAAAGUGUUAUGUCCUCAGGACAGGACAAGGCAGUCCGUCUGUGGCCGCUGAGGGCUCCGGAGCUUCUAUACCAGUUCACAGACAGUCAAGCACCAGCUGUCAACAUCCUAUUGGACGCUCGAGAUUCCUCGAUCCUGCAUGCCUGCUACGAAGACCGGCUGAUCGUUCAUUACGAUCUAAACAUUAAGAGGAGAGCGAAAUAUCACACUGUUCCAGAUGGCGGACGCUUUGUUAACAUGGGUCAGAUGAAGACUGGUGAUUGUGAGCUGGUGACAGCUUCAACCGAGGGGAGGAUCGUCACAUGGGAUUAUCGGGAUCCGAAGCCUACACGAAUAUGGAUUGACGACCAAGAAGUUCGUGUCCGCACAAUGGCAUUGUCCCCGUCAGGGAAGUUUGCCGCUUAUGGGACAGAUGAUGGUGUCCUGAAGGUCAUCAAGCUGUCGCGAUGUCAGCUGUUUGCGUAUGCGAAGGGUGCAGUUGGGAGGAUUCAAUGCUUGGUCUGGACGCCUGAUGGGAAGCAUAUCAUCUGCAGUGAUGCCAAGGGAGGCCAGGUGAAACCCGAUUCAAUGCUGGUGUACAAACCAAGGGUUAGGCCAGGUGUAACCACGCGGGAAAUCGCACCAAGGAGUCGAGGACAGGUAAUGCCAAGGGAAUCCAGGUGAAACCACUGUCAAUGCUGGUGUGGAAACCAAGGGUUAGGCCAAUGUCAGGCCCGGUUAACCAGGUGGGAAAUCGCACCAAGCACCGGUAAUGCCAAGGGAGGCCAGGUGAAACCAGAGUUAAUGCUGGUGUACAGACCAAGGGUUAGGCCAGGUGUAACCACGCGGGAAAUCGCACCAAGGAGUCAAGGGUUAACCAAGGGUUAGGCCAAUGUCAGGCCAGGUGUAACCAGGUAGGAAAUCGCACCACCAAGCACAGGUAAUGCCAAGGGAGGCCAGGUGAAACCAGAGUUCAUGCUGGUGUACAAACCAAGGGUUAGGCCAGGUCAGGCCAGGUGUAACCCGGUAGGAAAACAGGUAAUGCAAGGGCAGGCCAGAUGAAACCAGAGUUAAUGCUGGUGUACAAACCAAGGGUUAGGACAUCAACAGCUUAUGCCAGGUUGGCCCAGGUGAGACCAGGGUAGGCUACCGUCUUCACCCGAAUAGAACGCCCGGUCAUUAUAGUCGUAUUUGUGGUAUCUUUCAGUCUAAGUACAGCUAUAAUGACCGUACGUUGUAUUCGGGGGAAGAAGGUAGUCAAGCCAGGUGAGAGCCGAGUUAGUAAGGGAGCUUUAAGCCAUCAGGAAAAGCAAGAGCAGGUCAUGUUGGAUCAAGCCUACCUAUGGAUUCAUACAUUUCUGCGCUUGUUUUCGGCCCAGAUUGGAGCAUUUUGAAAGCAACACAGUUUCAGUUAAGCCCAUGGAGAAUC